CCUACAUCCACUGCACUGGGAGCAGAGCCGGCCACGCACCCCAGUAAGGAGCUGCGGCGAUGGCGAUGGCGAUGGCGAUGGCGAUGGCGGCAGGCAACGCGGCCUACUUCCAGAGGGGCAGUGUGUUCUGGUUCGCGGUCAUCACGCUCUCCUUUGGCUACUACACGUGGGUUGUCCUCUGGCCGCAGAGCAUCCCUUAUGAGAGCCUUGGGCUCCUGGGCUCGUUCACUCAGUACCUGGUGGACCAUCAUCACACCCUCCUGCACAACGGGUAUUGGUUUGCCUGGAUGAUUCACGUGGCAGAGUCCUUGUAUGCCAUGGUGCUGUGCAAGUAA